UCUCAAUCACGCUCUUUACUAUUCAGCUACGCUUUACUUUUUACCAUGCUUAGGUCUUCAAUCGCCGUUGCCUUCCUGGCCCUCGCCGCCAUUCCUGGUGCCCUUGCUGGAUGGAACGGGCAUGCAACCACCCCCGCCUCGAAAUGCUACCAAAACGAACUGGCCGGUUGUGCUUCUGGUCGUUGUCUCAACGGCAACUGCGUCCGGAGCUGCGCCGCCGGCGAAGAGCAGGGUUGUCCUCAACUAUGCAGCAAGCUGAACCAGCGAGAGGGUUGGUGUGCAGCGAAUGAGUCUGGAGCGUGCUGGUGCACCAGCGAUAAUACCGUCAGCUCUUUCCCCGGCAAUCGUCCAGUUGAUAAGAGGGAUGUUGCCAAGACCUACCAGGCUAUCAAGGCCUAGACUUUCGAUUUCUGCUCUUGAAUUAUAUAGAAUGGAUGAAAUUAUGGAAUUGGGAUUCGUUUCUUCGAUAACUGAAGUUUGUACAGGUGGUGGGCUGAGAUCAGGAUUGACACCGAGGCGUAUCGUAGGUCUCCACCCCGAUGAUCUUGAUCCCCCAAAGGCUAGUUGAGAUUUGAUCGUAUUACUAUCUGUAACAAUACAAACGAGUCAGCAACGAUGCUGAACUACGCCGGUGGUGGGUCUAAAGCUUCUGUUCUAGGAGUUCAUGAGAUAGAUGGAGUUUGACGCCCACAUUCUGGCCGAGAAAACAAAACCGU